AUGUCUUUCGGCACCCUCUACACGUACCCCAACGCGCCCCGGGCGACAAUGUGCCUCUACGUCGCGGCGCUCAACAACAUCGACGUCAAGAUCGCCGAGGCGUGGCCGAUCAAGGUGCGCCCGGACAAGGGCGGCGUCGGCGCCGCCUACCUGUCCAAGUUCCCGACGGGCAAAGUCCCCGCCCUCGAGCGCCCCGACGGCUUCGUCGUGUACGAGUGCAUCGCCGUCACGUGGUAUCUCGCCAAGCAGAACCCCAACACCACGCUCCUCGGCGCGUCGGUGGAGGACGAGGCGUCCAUCCUGCGGUGGUCGUCGUUCGCGAACAGCGAGCUGCUGCCGCCGAUCAUGGGGUGGAUUAAUCCCGUGAUUGGCAAGGCGGCGACCAGUCCGGAGAUUUUGGCCAAGGCGGAGGAGGGGUGCGAGGGCAUGUUGGAGGUGGUGGCGAGGGAGCUGAAGGCAGGGAAGAAGUUCCUUGUGGGCGACAAGCUGACGAUGGCGGAUUUGUUUGUCGUGGCGGCGUUGGCGAGGGGGUAUCAGUUUGUUUUUGCAAAGGGGUGGACUGAGAAGCACCCGGAGAUUCAUGAGUACUACUGGAGGAUCAAGUCGGAUCCGGUUUAUGUCAAGGUGGAUGGUGAGCCGUAUGUUUUGGCGAAUGUGGGAGACAAGCCGCCGGCGUAA